GCUCCCUAGUCCGCAGUCGUGCAUGUACUGCAUCAGACAGCAAGUCUAAAAAAGUCGCAGCCGCAUCAGUGUGCUGCAGUGAAAUCCAGCUCCUGAACACACACCCUGCUGCAGCCUGCAGAGCAGCCACACCACACUGACAGACAGCACAUCAGCCGGAGAUAUUCACAGAAACAAACAGGAAAGAGACGCUGAGCCGCUGUGACACAGCUGAGCUGCAAGAUGGCUCAAAAUGACAAGGACCCGAUGACUGCAGUGGGGAAUCUCUCCCCAAACCAACUGCAGUCCCACCUCAAGAUGGAGCCCAAGACUCUGGGGGCGAUCCAGAUUGUUAUUGGAGCUUUGAUUCUUUGUCUGAGUGCCUCUGUGCUCCAGAUCCAUGAGGUCCACUUCACUGGAGAUGUGGCCCUCUUCCUGAUUGUUGUCAUACAGGUGACCUUGUCUGGAUCAGUGUUGGUCCACAGUGGGAGGAAACCUACUUUGUUUUGGGUGAAAUGUGUCCUGGUGCUGCAUCUCAUCAGUGCUGCAUUUGCCACUGCUGCCCUGGGUCUGAUGUCCAAACAUCUCCCCUACCGGCAGGAUUCUUACCACUGUGAACACUGCCGCAGACUGGAGCUACAUGCCGUGCAACAUUGUUUCAGGAAAUGCACCGGGCUGAUCGAGCAAAAGUGUAAACUGUUGAUUGAUGGAAUCCUGGGGACGCUGGUGAUCUUCCUGGUGCUGGAGCUGUUGAUCUGUAUCACUGCCAUGCUGUUUGGCCUCAGUGUCCUAGCUGCUGGUGCAACUCCGGCUUCCAGCCAGCGACCCGUCUAUCCACAGUCUCGCCCCCCGCCUGCUCCAGCUGUUCAGGCUUCUCCGGCUGCAGCUGAGCCGACUGUAUCUCAGCAGGUGGCUGUAGUUGUGACUGAACCAGAUUCAGAGCAGAUGGAGGACAUCUCCACCCCACCCACUGAACCCCAGGUGGAGCCCAUAGAAGCUGUGACCACAGAACCCUGAACUCAACACGCACUGCUCAGUCUGUGGUGCCAUGUCAUGUCAAUCAGAGUGUAAAUAUGGAUGUCAACAGGGAAAAAAAACUCCUGGUGGUGAUUGCAAUAUGGACUCAGUUAUCUCCCAUUUAGCUUGAUGAAUUAUGUAUCAACUCGGGUGACAAAUCUGCUGAUGGCAGCAGUCCAAGGUGAGAAAAAUAGUAAUAAUAUGGAAAAGUUAAUGUGAAUGUCUCAACAACUUCAACAUGUAAACAUUUGUUGAAACAAAAAUUUGUCAUCCUGCUUUUUCACUUCUGGCAUGACAUGAACACAGCAUCAGUGCUAGCACUGCUGGACCUGCACUACAGUAUGUUGUGGUUAUGAUAUGGAUCUGUGUUAUUAGUAAUGUUGACUACCACUAAAAUCAGUAUAGUCAGAGAAAUAAGCUUUUACCCAAAGCUGAGACAGCUUGGUUACUAUUACAGUAUGCACAGUCUGAUAUACUCACUUCACUAACAGUGUGUGUACAUGUUGUGUUCAUUAGAAUGAAGGUAGAUUACUGAUAACAUUAACCUUUCUUGCCUAAAAAUAUGACAUGCUUGAAAUAA